GCAAACAACAUGGUGAUCCACACUGCCUACAGGCACUUCCGCGAAAGCCAGGCCAGGCUAGGGGUCAGCAGGGGGACGCCACACAUCGUAACGUCGAGUGUGGAGCACGACUCAGUCCGCCUGCCGCUGGAGCAGCUGGUGAAGGAGAGCCUGGCAGAAGCCACCUUUGUGGCUGUGUCUCCGCAAACCGGGCGGGCUGAGGUGGAUGACAUUCUCGGCGCCAUCCGGCCAACCACUUGCCUGGUUUCUGUCAUGAUGGCCAAUAACGAGACUGGGGUCAUCAUGCCUGUAACGGAACUGAGCCAGCGCAUCCAUGCCCUCAAUCAGCAGAGAGUGGUGGAGGGGCUGCCCAGGAUCCUGGUGCACACGGAUGCGGCGCAGAUGAUUGGCAAGGGGCGCGUGGAUGUGCAGGAGCUGAGGGUGGACUACCUCACCAUCGUGGGACACAAGUUCUACGGCCCACGGAUCGGCGCACUCUACGUGCGUGGCCCCGGCACCACCACCCCGCUGUACCCCAUGCUCUUUGGAGGAGGACAAGAGAGGAGUUUCCGGCCGGGCACCGAGAACACCCCAAUGAUCGCCGGCCUUGGCCAGGCUGCAGAGUUAGUGAGCAAGAACUGGGAGGCCUACGAGGCUCAUAUGCGAGAUGUUCGGGAUUACCUGGAGGCCAGACUGGAGGCCUCCUUUGGGAAGCAAAGGAUCCACCUCAACAGCCACUUUAUGGGCUCCAAGCGACUCUGCAACACCUGUAACUUCUCCAUCCUGGGCCCAGGCCUUCAAGGGCGAAGGGUGCUGUCCCGCUGCAAGACGCUUCUCGCCAGUGUUGGGGCUGCCUGCCACUCUGAGCAAGGGGAUCGGCCCUCCCCAAUUCUGCUCAGCUGUGGGAUCCCCUACGACGUGGCGCAGAAUGCCUUGCGUCUGAGUGUGGGGCGGGACACCACCCGGGCAGACGUGGACCUGGUUGUGCAGGACCUCCUGCAGGCUGUGGCGCAGCUGGACCAGGACCAAGCCCCAUAGAGGAAUUGCUC